UCAAAACAUGCGUCAUUUCCUGCUAAAGUUCAACGCGGGUUCUUGUUAGCACGCAGAGUUUGAGAUGACCAGAAUAAAUUCAAUAAUUCUCUACUAAAAACUUAAUUAACUACAUAUUUACUUGUUAUUGUUGUUGACGACGCGAGCGGGAAGCUUUGUAAAGAUGGGAGACGAUCCGGACUCCAUUCCAGAGAGAGAGAUGAAGGACUUCCAGUUCCGUCAGAUGAAGAAGAUCCGUGUGUUUGAGUCGUCUGCUGAUCUGCCUAAACAGCGCUCCAGUCUUCUCUCCGUCUCCAACAAAUACGGCCUGACGUUCGUCGGCAGAGACCAAACGCUCAAGGUGUUCUGGACGAGAGACGUCAUCGCCGCCGGACGUCAGGAGGGAAACCCCAAUGACACCGUCGAGUGCUCGAGCGCUGUGACGGUGACUGUUGACAUGGCGAUGCAUCACAUGGCCCUGAGCAGCGAUGAGCUCACGCUGUCUGUGUGCGGUGUGGGCGGCGCCGCUGACCUUACACUGGACUUCUACGACGUCCGCACCUUCCUCAACAAGGACAGACAGGAGAAGCGUCCCUUCACCUCCUUCAGACCCUCGGCCGCUCCGGACACGCUGGUCCAGGAUCUGAAGUGGAGUCCGGUGGACGCGUCCCGUCUGGCUGUGUGUCUGUCCGACGGCAGUAUGAUGGUGCUGGACGUGCAGGACUCUGUCAGUGUGGUCGCUCAACUCCCAGCCUCGACGGGAAUCACCUGCGUUUGCUGGAGUCCCAAAGGGAAGCAGGUGUCUGCUGGGAAACAGGACGCCACAGUGGUUCAGUUCACUCCUACCUUACAGGCCAAGAAGGUGAUCCCCUGUCCCAGCUUCUACAGCCAGGAUCACCCCGUCAAAGUGCUGGAUGUGUUGUGGCUCAGCACGUAUAACUUCGCGGUGGCGUACGCAGCGGCUGAUGGAUCUCUGGAGACGCCGCCGGAGCUGGUGGUGGUGUCGCUGCCCAAAAAGGACGAGAAGAAAGGCGAGCACUAUCUGAACUUCAACGACCUGGUGUACGGCACCUGCACAGAGAGGCAGCAUCACUACUACCUGUGCCAUAUGGAGGACUGGGAUCUGGUCUUGGCCGCAUCCGCCGCUGCGAUUGAGGUCAGCAUCAUCGCUAAACAAGAGGACAAGGUGAACUGGGAGCUGUGGUUGCUGGAAGACGCCAGUCGAGCGGAGCUGCCCGUCACAGAGAACAGCGAGGACACACUUCCUGUGGGCGUGGCCAUCGAUUACACCAGCCAGGAGGACAUUCAGCUGUCUGACGAGAAGAGGUUGCCUCCAGCACCGACGCUGAUGCUGCUGUCUACAGAUGGAGUCCUGUGUCCUUUCUCUUUACUGAACCUCAACCCAGGGGCAAAACAGCUGACCGUGGCUGCCGUCCCUCUGCCCGAGGAUGGAGAGAGAGCUCCUUCCGCCGAGUCUACCUUCUCUGCUGCUCCUGUCUCAGCAGCGUCCUCCAUCUUCCCAUCUUUCUCUGCAUCUUCUGGCACAGCCCCGCCCCCAGCCACAUUAUCCUUCACAGCCCCGCCCCCAGCAGCCUCGUCGGCCCCGCCCACUUAUGCAUCCUCCACAGGUUUCUCCUUCUCUCUUCCUUCUAUGGGCUCUGCCGCCCCCUCAGGGUUCUCGCUCGGCUCAACUGCGGCGGGUUUCUCCUUUGGUGCUCCCAAAACGUCUUCCUCCGACGCUUCCGCCUUCUCCUUCACUUCCUCCACACUGAAGGAGGUCAGCGGUGCUCCGGCUUCUGCUCCUCCUCAGCAUCUGCCCACCGUGUCUCCCAUCAUCAGCGGCCCCAAAGCCCCGGCGGAGCCUGCCACGCCUGCCGUCAGGACGAACCUCGCUGACAGGUUUUUGGCGGUGGACUCUAUGACGUCAGGCCCACCUGCUGCCCAGCCGUUCUCUUUGACCUCCACACCCAAACCCGCAGCAGCGGAGGUCAGCGGUCUGACGGGAGCUGCACUCAAACCAGCCGCUCCUGCAGUGUUGUCACGGAGCGUCGCUCCUCCAGCCGCUCUGCAGAAACCAGCCGCAGUCGCCCCUCCUGCGUCCAGCGCUCCGUCUGCGCAGGCCGUGUCCAUGAAAGCCCUGGAGAAACACCUGCAGCAGAAGAAAGACUCAGACCCCGUCAUGACUGGAAUACUGGAGGAGAUUGCCCACUUUCAGAAGGAGCUGGACGAUCUGAAGACCCGCUGCAGAAAUGCUGAUUUCAGGGUGGGCAGCACAGACGACAUGAAAGACCUGAGGAAAGACUCUGAGAACUUAAACGCCUUCACACUGGAGAUCAAAGACACCACAGAGUCUCUGCACGGUGACAUCAGCGUUCUGAAGACCAGCCUGCUGGAGGGCUUCGCCGGAGCGGAGGAGGCGCGAGCUCAGAGCGAGCUCAACCGAGACAGAGACUACCUCCAGCUGCUCUACAAGAAACCUCUGGACCCGCGGCGAGAGGAGCAGCUCAAGGAAAUCCGACGCUUGUACCAGUACGUGAAGUUUGCCAUGGAGGACGUGAAUGACGUUUUAGACGUGGAGUGGGAGAAGCACUUGGAGAAGAAAAAGAAACAGAGGCACAUGAUCGUCCCUGAGAGAGAGGCUCUGUUUGCAGCGCUGGCCAAUAAUCUGGACAUCAUCAAUCAGCAGAAGCAGCGUCUGGACCGGCUGGCGAAUGACCUGCACAAGCUGAGACUCUACAAAGCGACGUCGGUGUGGAGCUUCGCCAGCCGGACACCCUCCACACCCUCUGAACAGAGUCUGGACAGUGAACUGGAGAGUUUGAAGGAUGCUCUUCUGAAGGCCAGUCUGGAAACAGCACCCAAAGCUCCUGCCAAAUCACCAUCUAAAAUGACCCCAGCCAAACAGUCUCAGCUGAGGAACUUCCUGUCAAAGAGACAGACUCCACCGGUGCGCUCCACAGCUCCAGCCAACCUGUCGCGGUCAGCCUUCCUGUCUCCUCAGUUCUAUGAGGAUCUGGAUGAGGUGAGCUCCAGCUCGUCUCUGUCUCAGCCUCUGGAGCCCGAGGACACGCUGGCGGUGGCUGAGGAAGAGGACGAGCCAGUGCCCGUCCCGGUGCUGACACCCGCCGUCCCGCGACACCCCGCCGUGGUCCGAACACCCUCCAUACAGCCAGGCUUCAGCAUGCAGUCCAGUCCGUUCAGCAGAGUCCAGACUGGCCCCGUACCCGUCAUCAGCACCGCUCCGAAGAUAAACAUGGACAGUGCCGACAGCACAGCGCUAGCCACAAAAACAGUGAAGCACGGAGCUCCGCCCACAGAGAAGACCACGCCCACUACAGUCCCCGCCACUCAGGCUGCAGGAAGAGCCGCCCUUAGCAGACACAUGACCAGCCAGAAACCAGGAGCGUCUUUGACCGAGUCCACGCUCAAGACGGUUCCUCAGGUGGUGAACGUACAGGAACUGAAGGAUAAAGGUCCGCCCAUACCUGUGUCCACCGUGAUCAGCGCGUCUGUUCCAGCGCCGGCGGCUCAGGUGGUUCAGCAGGUUCUGGCUACGGUGGAGGCCAGUAAAAGUUCCUUUCAAGGUCCGUUAAAGGUCCCAGCGCCGCUGACAGGUCCGGCCCAGACCACAUCAUCUAGUUUUGUGUUUGGUGGAGCAGCUAAGCCUGAUGCAGGAGCAUCUUUAUCUGUCAGUGAGAAGAACUCAAAGGGCUUCUCAUUUUCUGCAGCGUCAGCAGGGUUCAGUUUCACACCUCAAUCGCAGGACACCAACAACACUCAAGCGAAGAGUUCUGGCCUGCCGGGCAAGUUCUCUUUUGCAAGCAGUACGGGACCAAAGAUGCCAUUUGGCCCCGUGGGGUCUGAGGAGCCUUUUUCCUUCUCUCCAAAAUUGGCUUCUCCUGCACAGAGUGUGAGCUCCUCUACACCACCUCCGGAGCCACCUAAAAUCCCUCAAGCUCCCAAAGCCCAAGGCAAUGCUGGAGAAACUCUUGGCUGCUUUUCUGGCUUAAGAGUGGGCCAAAGUGAAGAAGUCAAGGAUGCCUCCAAGACCCUAAGUUUCACCUUUGGACCAUCUGGCAAUGGAUCUACAGGAUUCGCAUUCGGUUCUGCGCCAAUCAAGCCUGCAGAAACUGGAAGUUCAACAGAAUUAGCAAGCGCCACAACAGAGGUUCCAAAGACGACUACGCCACAAGUGCUCGGCACGUCUACGUUUGCUGUUAAACCACAGGAGGGAACGGCUCCCUCAGUAAAGCCAGCUUUCGGCAUUCCCUCGACGACAUCUUUUUCACCAGUCGCCACCUCUUUCGGCAGUCUUCUGCGUGCACCUCUACAAGAGACGACGACUCUUCCAACAAAGUCCCUCCAGCCAGAGACAACGACUUUACCUGAGUCGACUCCCACCGCUGAUACUGAAUCUAAAGAACCUCCAGAACCCAGUCCUAAACUACUAACCUUAAGUGCUCCAGUUGUAUCGGUCACUGAAACCACUGUUCCCACCAGUACCGAGACCACCGCAGCGCCUUCCAACAAGCCACCAACUCCUCCAACUCUCGAGGUCUCACCCACACCACCUCCAUCAGUUACCCCACCAUCCGAGACACCAACACCUGUCUCCGAGCCUCCUGCAGCAGAGCCUAUCUCUGAUCCUGCUGUUGAGACCACCAGCACUUCCACAGCCACUCCUGCACCCCAAGAGACUCCAGUAACUUCAGCCCCAACGUCUGACAAACCAGGCUCAAUCUUUGCCCCACCGUCGGGCAGCACAGACAGUCUAGCAGUAGGAGCCAUCAGUUUCACCACAGCCGUCACUACAGCUGCCGCCUCCACCCCAUCCGCAGCCAUUACCACCAGUGCAGCUCCUACCUCGGUCUUCGGACAACCCUCUUCCGCCGCCCCGACUACAGCGUUCGGAUCGACCGCUUUUGGCGCCAGUUCUACCACCUCUGGCUUUGGCAAUCUUGCCUUCGGACAGAGUGCUGGCACUGGUUUCGGCCAGCCUGCAGCCUCUGGAUCUGCUAGCAGCUUCUCUUUUGGUCAGCCGGCAUUUAGCGCAAAUUCUGGGUUCGGGCAGCCAGCUGCGACCGCCACCACAUCGGCAGCAGCCAGCAGUGGAGGAGGGCUGUUUGGAGCCUCUAGCACCAACAGUGCCAGUUCCUUCUCCUUCGGAUCAAACAGCACCAGCUCUGCAGCCAGCACUGGCACUGGGCUCUUUAGCCAAAGUGCUCCUGGCUUCGGACAGCCCAGCGCAGGCUUUGGCCAAGGAUCCAUGUUUGGCAGCAACACCACCACAGCGUCCUCUGGGUUCGGUUUUGGACAACCAUCAGGGUUCGGCAGCAGCACCUCCACCUCGUCUGUGUUUGGACAGCAGGCCACCGGAGCCGGCGUCUUUGGACAGGCUCAGUCUGGUGGAAGUCUGUUCGGCUCGAACGCUGGAAACACUUCCUCAGGAUUUUUCAGUGGUCUUGGAGGAAAACCCAGUGAAGACGCUGCCAACAAAAACCCGUUUGGAGCGCCAGCUGCAGGAGGAUUCGGCCAACCCAUUAAUACAGGUUCUUCUAACUUGUUUGGGAACAGCGGAGCGAAGGCCUUCAGCUUCGCUAGCAGUUCGUUCGGGGAGCAGAAGCCCAGCGGCUCGUUCAGUACCGGAGCAGGAUCUGUGGCCGCUCAGGGCUUUGGCUCCUUCUCUACACCAACCAAACCAGCUGGCUUCGGGAGCGCACCGGUGUUUGGCAGUCCUCCUACAUUUGGUGGAUCUCCAGCGUUUGGAGGGCCGGCAGGGUUCGGCUCCGCCCCUUCCUUCAGCAGUCCGCUGGGCGGCUCCUCAGGGAAGGUGUUCGGAGAGGGAACCACGGCCUCCAAUGUCGGGGGAUUUGGGUUCGCGUCUCCUCCUAACGCACCAUCGUUUGGCAGUCUAGCCAAUCCGAGCGCAGCGGCGCCGUCGUUCGGGAGCCUGGCACAGCAGCCAUCAGGGUUCGGCGCUCAGACCGGCGCUUUCUCCGGCUUCGGCUCGUCUGGAGGUUUUGGAGGCUUUGGGAACACCAACACCAACCAACCGUCGUCUCAGACGUUCAGCAGUUGGAGGAGUUGAUCAGCGGACACUGACUUCCACAGACACGCGCGUCAUCCGAUGUGAUUUUAUAGUGUGUUUGAAUAUGCCGUGAGGUUUGGUCAUCUUUAGGUGUGCUGAUGUUUUAUGUUCGGUGCGUUUGUUCUGUUUUAACCUGCACAAUGAGAAAUAAACUCGAGCGCUGUUGACUGUA